AAAAGACUAAAGCAGAGCAUAAGAAAUGAAAUCAGAAAGCAACAGAGGCUUCCCAUCUCUUUGGUAAGUAGCUCCAGGCAACUAUUUCAUUACAAUCAUUUGAAAUAUAAUUGCAUUAGGAUUGAGACAGCAUAUUUCCUUCCAUUGAAUUAUUGCCUAUUGAUACAAUGAAGAGCAGAAAAGAAGUUUGGGGGAAGAAGGUGGGGGAUAAAUAGAGUUAAAAUUGUGCUCUACACAUCUGCAUUGUUUCAAUGUUUCUAGUAAAGGAAGCUGUCAAAUUUAAGUUGUUUAGCAAGGCCAUCCUUCAACUCUAUGUGCAUGAAGCAGUUGCCCUGGGCAGAACAGAGGAUUGCAGCUAAACUCAGUUCCCAUUCGCUAUCUCUCGCUGGCAAUAGACAUCACUCAGAUGAUCGAACUAGGCUUCUAUGGAUAUAGCUCCUAGCAUGCAGAUGGGAAAUGCACAACCAGCAGCCAUCAUGUUGAAUUCCUUGAUCAAAGGAGCAUGUAUAGGUGUAAGCCAAUCCAGAGUUAGAUCACUGGUCCAUCAACCUGAGUAUUGUCUAUAAUGACUGACAGGAAUUCAGAAAACAGAUUUCAUGCACAUAAAGGUAAAGGUAAAGGUACCCCUGCCCGUACGGGCCAGUCUUGCCAGACUCUAGGGUUGUGCGCUCAUCUCACUCUAUAGGCUGGGAGCCAGCACUGUCCGCAGACACUUCCGGGUCACAUGGCCAGCGUGACAAGCUGCAUCUGGCAAGCCAGCGCAGCACACGGAACGCCGUUUACCUUCCCGCUGGUAAGGGGUCCCUAUUUAUCUACUUGCACCCGGGGAUGCUUUCGAACUGCUAGGUUGGCAGGCACUGGGACUGAACGACGGGAGCGCACCCCGCUGCGGGGAUUCGAACCGCCGACCAUGCGAUCGGCAAGUCCUAGGCGCAGAGGCGCGCCACCUGCGUCCCUAGCAUGCACAUAUGUGCUGCUAAUUAUGGGAUUAGAUAAAAGAUGCAAUGGCACCGAAUUUUGUAAAAUGAUAUUUAACACAGGAAGGCUCAUAGUUCAGUGACAAGAGCAUCUGAUUUGCAUGCAGAGAGUUGUGGGUUCAACCCUUGGCAUCUCCAACUAGCAUUGGGGCUGUCCACUGUCCGACAUCCUGGAGAUUCAUUGCAAAAACUGUAGGCAAUGCUGAACUAAAUGGACUAGUGGUCUGACUGGUAAGUGAAUUUCCUGUAUUUUUAAAAGCUGCCUUAUAUUGAGCCACAUCCUUCAUACAGAUGAAGCUCAGUAUGAUCUCCAGGAUCUUUUUUAGCUACUUCAUUAUUGCAUACAAGGAUAUGCUUCUCUUUAUGCUGCUCUACUCAAAAAAAAAAAAAAAAAAAAAAAGCUGCUGGAUUUAGUACAAAAUUCAGAGAUAGGUUUUAUUUUCCAUGGAUAUCCUUAUGGUAUAGACAUGCAACUGAAUGCUUAAAUUCAAUUAAAAUUAAUGGGACUUUGUUCAACUAGCAUAAAUGAGUGGUGUGCACUUAAGACUUCCAUUGGGGCAGGAGUUAAGUCAACUCCAUAUUUUUAGUCAACACAGAACUUCAGCCCAAUUUCCUACCAUGAAGACUCUCCACCAUUUCUCAGUCCUCGUCUUCUCAGUGCUGCUGCUUGUUGAUCCAGGUAAGAUGAGUAUAAAUGUUCUUUGAUAUGUGCAUAUAUCAAUUAAGAUUAUGAAAAUAAUCUUUAAAAUGGCCUUGGGCAUAUGAGUUGAUCAAUGAACUUGGUUUCCUGCGAUGCACCCAGGAUUCCAUUCCUUCAAACCAAGUUGAGUUGGAGUUAAUUCAGGUCUAGCGAUGCAGGACAAUAUGAUUCAGUUUGCAUGUAAAGGUGAACUUGCCAAAUUAACACCUUCUGAAUUCAUAUGAGAAGCAAAGAUUAGUCAUCCGUUGAAAUUUGUAUUUGCGUUUUUCCCUGAAUGUUGCAAUAUCAUGAUGACCAAAACAUAAUUUUUUUGUAUGACUAAAGCAGGCAUAUCUGAAUUUCUAUUUGGUACUCUCAGUUAUUCCCCAAUCUAUUUUUCCCCCCUGCAGGAUUUAGUAUAAAAAUUUCGAAGAGAAAGGAUUGUAUGAGAGCCAGAGGUCGUUGCUUUCCAUUUAUUUGUCCCUGGCCCCUAGGAUACUAUAUUGGAGAAUGCUUUUGGCCCAUUAGGCGGUGCUGCAUGUUUUGACAUCAAGUCAACAUGGUGGAGGCUCCAUGAUAUACCAAGAAGAACAACCCAAAGAUGUGUCGUCCGUUGGUUUUUGCAAGAGUCUCUGUUCUUUGGAAUAAUCCUCCAGGUUCCUGAAACUGGCAGAUGGUGUCCCAACCUUCCACUCCUUUGCCAACCCAAGAUUUGGUGCAUGCCAUGAAGACAGUCACACCUUGUAAAAGAUUGUAAGAUAUGUUUAAGGCCAAUAGAUAAGGUUGGGCAGGCAGCAGGGAGGAGGGAGAAUUAGCCCAUCACCGAUGUAAGGAAGGGAAGUCGCCAAGAUAAAUAGAUUCUGGUGUAAAUUGUAUGUUAUGUGAUCUUAAUGUAAAUGAAUGUAAAAUAAUAAACAUGUUUUGAAGGAGGAGGAGGAGGAGAUGAUAGCUGCAACUUGCAAGGCAGUAGCAGUCAGUGGGGCAGCAGUGGUGGAGCAUCACUGUUCUCCUAACUUCAAAAUAGAGUCUCACUGGCACUUGCCAAAGAUGCAGAGGGAGGAGGGAGGGACCAGGUAUUGUGCAGUUCUGCAGUGGGAAGAGAGGUGGAUUGGCUUCAUUGCACUGCACUGUGUCCUUUGAUCAGAGGCAGC